AGGAAGGGAGAGAGAUGAGGAACACGGUGUGUUUAUGCUGUCAGUGGUUAGAGAUGGUUAUUUUAGGCAAAGCUGUGAAACCAUUUUCCCCACAAACACGAGGAAAACACAUUUAGAAAUGAAAGGCGAUAGCUUUUGCAUUCUGAUUUUAGUCAGGGGGGAAAAGGCCGAAUGUUUGAGUAAUGUUAACAAUCAUAAAAUGACACCAUUGUCAAGGUAACGAGGAAGGCUGUUGUAGUUCAAUCACUAGAUGUGCUGAAAAACCACACUUAGCUGUUUGUGUAGGAGGCAACCCUCCUCCUCCCCUUCCUCUGUAUCGAAGUCAAAUGUAAAUGUCAAAAGCAGAAAGAAAGAGGAAGACGAAGAUUAUUUUCACUGCAAUUAUUAUGUGAUAUAGAAGACGAUGACAGAGCCUGGCCAAUCGGCACUGCAAAUCCAUACAGUAAACCUGACACACUAAAGAAUACACUAAAAGUGUUUAUUGAUGGACGAGAGCCAUAUGAUAGUAAAGGACAAAUGAGGAGAGAGAGAGAAAGAGAGACAGAGAAGGCCCCAGAAAGAUGGCAGACGGAGGAAGAUAAUUUGUAUUGGCUAAUCACCGGAAGAAAGCAGACAGAAGAAAAACAAAAUCAAGGUCAUAAAAUGUUUACAGAUCCUCCUUCCAGAAUUAAAUUCCCUGAGUUAGCAUGUUAGCCUGCAUCAGGUUUGACAUAAAGAUCUAUUUCAGGAGCAUCCAUGUCAAAGUAAUGGUCAUGGCUCACUACUAUUCUGCUGAACUUUGUGAAAAACGGAAAAAAAAUCCAAGUAUCUACAGUAAAUCCCAGUCAAAGGUUUCAGAGGAUCAGGAGGAACCUCCUUGUCUAAAGGCCAAGGACAAAACUCCUCAAAAAGUUGUGUUUGAUCUUCACGUCCUAUUGUCAUAAAUAUGCCAUAAUACUGGGAUGAACACGGCCAUAUGAGGUAAAUCUACUUUAUAAAUGUACCCUGACUUAUCACAGUCUGCUGGUGCAUCAACGUGCUGCUAUUAUGGUGAGCAGAAGCUGAUUCAUUACUUAAUUAUCAUUUAGUUCUUAGGGUCUGACAUGAGAUGGAACUAAAUGAAAGUUGAUUCAGUUGACAGAUCCUGUUAUACCCAGAUACCUGUUUCUCCUUUUUCAAAAAGAAAUAGACAUGGGUAUAUGCAAUUAUUAUUAUUGUUAUAUUUUUUAUUUUUAUUAAACAUUCUUUUUUUUCAAUCUGUCUGGCCGCGUUUUGACCAAUUGCUCAGUUGCUGAAUACACUGAAACCUGUUUUUGUUUUGCUCUGUUAUUUAAAGAUCUAAAUAUUUAUUAAAAAAACAGAUUCAGGCUUUGGUUGUAAUUUUAGAAGGGUUUAUUUUUUUUAUUAUUAUUGUUUUUUUUAAAUAUAUUCGUCUUCUCUACGCAGACACAUACAACACCACCCCACUGUUCUGAUGGCGGCAUCCCUGGGUAGAAGACAUCAUCAGGCAAUCCAGAGGGGUUGCAAGAGCCGGACGCGUCAUCCAAGGAUGGGCGGCGCAGUGACGGGAGGACGGAGGGUGUUUUCCAGCUUUAAAAGCACCGGAGCCUGCCCCUCUGACAAACCACAGUGCGUCACUGAACUGGGGGAGACUCUUGAAAAGCUUCACAGGUCUGAGCAGAACUCCACUCACCUCACCCCCUUUGCUCCCCUCAGCAACUACCUGCGCCGCUCUCCACAUCCAGCUUUUGUCUCCGCGUCUCCUGGAGGGCUCGGUUAAACCUUCGCAUUUCUACAUAUAAACUUCCGCGCGUCGCGAUGUUUUUGACUAGGCUUUUGCUUAAAAAGUGCAUGAAGUGAAUCCACUGUUGCGAUAACAAUUGUCGGCGAAUGCGUUGCCUUUGACUCCGUGACGACCGAAGGCAAAGUUGUGCGCAUCGCUUGUUGAAUGCAGGAUUUCUUCAGCCUGAGCGCAGAGUCCGAGUUCAGCUUCGGAGCAGCAGCCGGUAAAGAGCGUGCAUUUCAGCUUCUCACCUCGAUCACCGUCAACAUGAAGUCUGCAGAAGAAGAUGCUCACAGCUACACACCAAAUGUCAGCCUGUCUCUUCCACUGGGGAUGGGAAACCCUUGUUUGGCCAACCAGUACCACACUUUACAGUCUAGCCCAGUCAUCUCAGUUUCUUCUUGCCAUCAGGCAGGCUACAACAUCCAAAAUGAUAACCAUAUAGCGUCCAGCUAUUACCUGCCACAUGGCUUGAGACCUAAUGGAGCCCCCACCUUGGAGAGCCCCCGCAUUGAAAUCACGGCCUACAGUCAAUACCCUGAGAUUGAGGUAGAAGAGAGCAACAGUGAAGACCACAUCUUCAAACGAGGCAUCAACUCCAUUGUCACCUUGACGCUGCCCAACGCAGAUGGCUACCGUGAUCCCAGCUGCCUCAGCCCUGCAAGUAGCAUCUCAUCACGCAGCUGUAAUUCUGAGGCCUCUUCCUACGAGUCUGGCUUCUACAACUAUGAAAAUUCCCCACAGAACUCACCCUGGCAGUCUCCAUGUGUUUCUCCCAAAGGGUCAUCCACACUUCUGUCCUGCCCACAUGCCAGUGGCCCUGCUGGUUCCCCCCACAAUUCACCCUCCACCUCUCCUCAGAUUGGAGCCAUGGCAGAGGAAGGCUGGCCAGCUCAACCUCGCGGCUCAAGGCCCAAUUCUCCAUCCUACACUGGAAGUGGCAGUGGUGGAAACAGCGCAGGGGGAGGAAUGGGGAAGAGAAAGUACAACCUCAACAGCACCCCCUACCGGCAGACAUCCUGCUCACCUAUUCAGUCACCCACCCCCUCUCCACAGGGCUCUCCCCGGGUCAGUGUCACAGAUGAGAACUGGCUUGCCAACACAAACCAGUACACCAACUCGGCCAUUGUGGCUGCCAUCAAUGCUCUAACCACUGACGGGAUAAUAGACAUAGGGGAGGGGAUCCCAGUAAAGACACGGAAGACGAUGCUCGACCACUCAUCCUCAAUGAGCAUGAAAAUGGAGCCUGGUGGAGAGGAGCUAGGUCCUGAAGGGGAGCUCUGCCAUGAGGACUACGCCUCUCGACUAGCCCUCAAGAAGGAGAACUACUGCGGAGGCUUCCUGGAUGUACCACAGCAUCCUUACUCAUGGUCAAAACCCAAGCCUUAUCUCAGCCCAUCUCUGCCUGCUCUGGACUGGCAGCUUCCAUCCUGCUCUGGCCCAUACAACCUACAGAUUGAGGUGCAGCCCAAGUCCCAUCACAGGGCCCACUAUGAGACUGAAGGCAGCAGAGGAGCUGUGAAGGCACUUUCUGGAGGACAUCCUGUGGUGCAGCUUUAUGGCUACAUGGAAAGUGAGCCGCUAACCCUGCAGCUGUUCAUUGGGACUGCAGACGACCGCCUCCUGCGACCACAUGCCUUCUACCAGGUUCACCGCAUCACCGGCAAAACCGUCUCUACUGCCAGUCAUGAAGUCAUGCAAUCCAACACCAAAGUUCUGGAGAUCCCUCUGCUGCCCGAAAACAACAUGAGAGCCAUAAUCGACUGUGCAGGCAUCCUGAAGCUCCGUAAUUCCGACAUUGAACUGCGCAAAGGGGAAACAGACAUUGGACGCAAGAACACACGGGUGAGGUUGGUUUUCCGAGUGCACAUCAACCAGCCUAACGGCAGAACGGUGUCCCUGCAGGCUGCCUCCAACCCAAUUGAAUGCUCUCAGCGUUCAGCCCAGGAGCUUCCUUUGGUUGAGAAGCAGAGUGUGGAAAGUUACCCUGCUGCAGGAGGCAAAAUGAUGCUCCUGAGUGGCCUCAACUUUCUACCUGACUCAAAGGUGGUGUUUGUGGAGAAGGCCCAGGAUGGACAUCAUCUGUGGGAGACAGAAGCCAAAGUUGACAAGGACUCCAUCAAAUCUAACUCUGUUGUUGUGGAGAUCCCACCGUACAGAAACCAGAGGAUAUCCAGCCCAGUCCACGUUAACUUCUACGUGUGUAACGGCAAAAGGAAGAAGAGCCAAUACCAGAGCUUCACCUACCUGCCUGCUAACGUGCCGAUUAUAAAGACAGAACCAAGUGAUGAAUAUGAUCCUCUGGGGACUGCAGGGCUGCCUAUGCAUCCAAAGUCAUACUACAGUCAGCCCAGACUUACUCCCAUCAUGCCUAUAGCUGAUCCUGACGCCUGCCUCAUCGGUGCUUACCCUACCUGCUCGCCUCAUCAUGCUAACAUUUCGUCUUCGUCUCCCAGUUCGAGCCCCACCCUACAAGACCUUACACCUGUGGCAUACAGCAAGUGCCUCCCCAGCAGUCCCACCCAUGCAGCACCACCAGGUCCUGUAGUGCCAUCCACCAGGGAAAUGUCUGGAAGGCCUAAUCUUGCUCAUCCAGCGUCACCAGACCACAGCUCUUGCCUAGGGAUGCUUCAUUCCCAGGGAAGCCCAAUUCACCUCAACAGCCCCGGACCCAAUGGUUACCAUUCCAUCUAUGCUAACAGCAGCCCCUCAUCCUCCCCAGUGUCUCAUCCUUCCACUCCAGGUGGAACUGCAGAGAGCCCAUUUAUGCAGACCUACAGUCCUUGUCAGAGUCAGGCAGCAGUCAGCUCAUCACAGGCUGGAGGCAGCUCACCAAGCCUGCUACCAGAAGAUGCCAGCCCCCCUGCACUGGGCAUUACCGUCAAACAGGAGCCACAGGAACUUGACCAGAUGUACUUAGAUGAUGCGGCCGCAAAAACUUACCCCGCAUUGGGUGAAAGAGUUUCCUUCAGGGGAGGGAAUGAUCAUAACCACUGAACUGUAAGUGUCCUACUGUUGACAUAUGACCCAUCGCAGUUAUAAACCUCAACAGGUCCCCUGACUCCCAGUAGUACUCUGCUGAGCCUAAUUUGUCUCAAAACAACAAUGAUAACCAAGACAGAAAUCCCUUCACAGUAUUUCUUCAGUGUGAAUUAUUGGGAGAUUAAAUUAUGAAAGUCCGCACCGUGUCUCAUCAACCUUUAGGUUAAGGCCAGGAUGUUCAUUAUUUCAGUUGGUUUUCAAUACAAUCUAGUGCCAUAAAACACCCAAACUGAACAACAGGAAAAACGAGAAUUCGGGAAAUAAGGAUAUGAAUAAUAGCUUGAUGAACUUAAUAUGACUUUAGUUGAGAUUAAUAAAAAGGGUUAAAUUAAAGUCUAAUUAUUGAAAUUGGAUGAAAUAUGAGGAGGUUUAAAACAAACCAACAACAAUAGAGUUCAGAUUUGCUACCCAAUAAACAAUGUUACCAGUUUCUGGUUUCUGUGAGUUGACAUAAUAAAUCAGGAGGAAGUUUCUUUGAUAUUUAUAUGUAUAAAACAUACACAAAGUGUCUGUUUUAGAGAAGCGGGGCAGUUUUCGUCUACUCUGACAGCUGCACAACAUCCACAUAUGAACAUCAAUGUAAUGUCUGAGGAAACUCGAAUCUCCUCGAGACCAGUUCAAGAUGUGCUCUGAA